AAAGCCCAAUAUGACCAGAAAAUAAAACUAAUUUGACUAAAUGAAUGUCCGUACAAAUUGCAUGCUGGAUGCUGGAAAAAUGACCUGACCAAAUUGCCGAUGUUCGAGUACGGCGACAUUCAUAACUUUCUCAUUGAGACUCCAGGCACAGUAAUCCCUGUUAUCAAAAUGAAUAUCACAUUUGGACCAAGUCACUAGUUUACAGCUCAAGCUUCAACAAUAACUUUAAAAUGAAAAGUAGCAGUUAACAAAAUUAUUCUCCAAGAUGUUGGUGAACCGGAAGACAAGUUUCCGUGAAAACCUACCACUGUCAGACUAUGGUCCAGAUGAAAACCUGAAUGACAGUGCGGACAUUGAUUGGGUGAACAAAGACUGGGUGCGCUGGUUGUUGCGGGGAUGUGCCCUCCUUAGUGUGACAUCUGUAAGCAUGAACACUCCAGCCACUUUCAACAACCUCCCGGCACUGGAGUAUGUCACCUUCGUCAUGGACCUUGCAGUCACUCUGCUCUUCACUGCAGAGAUGGUAGCCAAGAUGCACAUACGAGGGAUGCUCAAGGGAGAUGCCCCAUAUCUGCGGGACCGCUGGUGUCAGUUUGACUUCUUCAUGGUCGUCUGCCUUUGGGCCUCAGUCCUUCUUCAGGUGUUUGAGUUGACGCGGGUGGUCCAGCCCUACUCAUUCUGGUCUGUCCUGAGAUGCUUGCGUCCACUGAUCCUUAUCAGGGUCUUCAGAGUUUUCCUGAAGUUCUCACUGCCCCAAAACAGGAUCAACUCCAUAUUCAAGCGUUCCUAUCAGCAGAUCUACAAUGUGACAAUCUUCUUCCUCUUCUUCAUGAUUCUCUACGGCAUAUUGGGAGUACAGUUCUUUGGGGAGCUCAAGUACCACUGUGUCCGUAAUAACGUCACCAAUACAUCGGAGAUAACUGUGUUUGACCUUGCAAUCCCAGACACCUACUGUUCCCCUGACAACAAGCCAGGCCACCACUGUCCCAAGGGAAUGAAGUGCAUCUCUAUUGAUAUCCCGAAAAACAAUAGGGGAUUCAAUGGGUUUGAUGAACUGCCAACCAGUUUCUUCACGGUGUACGAGGCAGCCUCGCAGGAGGGCUGGGUGUUCCUGCUGUACCAUGCCAUGGACAGUCUGGAGUCCGGGGUGGCCCUCGUCUACUUCAUAUCUCUCAUCUUCCUGCUUGCAUGGCUUGUCAAGAACAUCUUCAUAGCCGUGAUCAUCGAGUCGUUUGCCGAGUUCCGCGUGCAGUUCCAGCAGAUGUGGGGGUCUCGUGGGAAAGACACUGACUCGGACUCAUCCCAGGUGAUACAGCAGGAGGGUGCCAGCUGGCGGAUGGUGAUCCAGGAUGAGAACAAGCCCCAGGGCCUGGCCCCGCCCAUCUUCCAGCAGAUCCUGCGCUCCAGUGCGUUCCAUGCAUUCAUCCUACUCAUGGUGCUAGCAAGCGCCAUUGCCGAGGCCAGUCUGAGCUUCGACCAUGAAACCAAAAACCCCAAGAACACUAUUGACACCUUCUACUUCAUAGAGGUGUUCUUCACCCUUCUGUUUGACCUUGAAGCAGUGUUCAAGAUCUGGUGCCUAGGUCUCCGUGGUUACUGGAGGCGGUCUCUGCACAAGUUUGAACUCAGCCUCGUGAUUGGCACCACAUUGCACAUCAUACCAGGCUGGUACAGGACUGAGCUCACUUACUUCCAGGUGUUGCGGGUUGGUAGGCUUAUCAAGGCCUCCCCCAUGCUGGAGGACUUCUGCUACAAGAUUUUUGGUCCUGGAAAGAAGCUGGGCAGUAUAGUUCUGUUUACCAUGUGUCUGCUGAUCAUUGCCUCGAGUAUCAGUCUGCAGUUGUUUUGCUCCAUCAAGGACUUUGACAAGUUUGAGACAUUUCCCAGGGCAUUUAUGUCCAUGUUUCAAAUUCUUACCCAGGAAGGAUGGAUAGAUGUUGUGACAGAUACUUUGGAAAAUGCUGAUAAAAAUGCGUAUGGGGUAUAUUUCAUAUACCCUAUACGCAUAUACUUUCUGCUAUACCAUCAAGUUGUUAAUGUGAUUGUCAUCAGCUUGUUUGUCGCCGUGAUUCUCGACAAUCUGGAGUUGGACGAAGACAUCAAGAAACUCAAACAGUUGAAGGCCAGUGAGCAGAGCGCAGAUGAGUCAGAGUCGCUUCCCUUCAGGCUGAAAAUAUUUGAAAAGUUCCCAAACCGUCCCCAGAUGGUGCGCAUUCACAAGCUAGCGGGCGACUUCAGCGUUGCCGCGAUACGUGAGAGCUUCAUGCGCCAGUUCUCCACUCCGCAGCUUGACCUCAUCAUGGACACUGACGAGGGGACAGAGGAGGGUCAGUCCUUCCUGAAGGGGCCCCCUGUAGCCCUUGUCAGACCUCCUGCCCUCGUGGCGCGCAGCGGAGGCUAUGUGGAGAAACAGGCUGGAGUCACCAUGGUUAUAAGGGAGUCCAACCAACACAAGCUGAUGGGGUCAGGGUCGGGUCAGAUGGUCAACAACGGACCCAAGUCUCUGCUGUCACAGCAGUACCAGCUCCGUAUCUCCAGGAGGUCAAUGCGUGGCUCUCGCCCGGGCAGUUUGAAACUAGGUCACCAUAAAGAGAACGGGGACAUCACACACUUGAUGAUGGGUGGCAGCAACUUCUCCAGCAACUUUGCCAGCAACAUCGGGAUGCACCGCAGCGAUGACUUUGACAUCAAAAUGAUACAGCAAAGAAAGCAGCAAGCAGAGAUUAAACGCAACCAGAUUCAAGACGACCUUCGUGAGAACCACCCGUUCUUUGACACGCCCCUGUUUGCGGUGGGCCGUGAGAGUCAUAUCCGACAGAUGUGUCAGACCAUUGUCAAUGCCAAGUACAACUACAUGCUGCGUGAUCCUGUGACGGGAAAAGAGCUCCAAAGCGUGUAUAAACGCAUCCUGCCCAUGUGGAUCCGCAAGCUGUUUGGCCUGGUGACCUACCUGGACUGGAUAAUGAUCAUGGUUACCAUCAUGUCAUGUGGGUCCAUGUUCUUUGAGACGCCACACCGACGUCUCACCAACACUCCCGAACUCAAGUACGCUGAAUACAUCUUCGUAUUAAGCAUGAGCGUGGAAAUGGGCCUCAAGAUCCUGGCCAAUGGGUUCUUCUUUACCCCUAAAGCCGUAGUCAAGGAUGUGAGUGGAGUCCUGGAAAUCUUCAUCUAUGUGGUGAGUGUGAUAUUCCUCGGCUGGCAGCCCCAGGAGGUGCCACCCCUGGGCGGGGCCCACAUACUGAUGCUCCUGCGCUGUCUCCGCCCACUACGGAUCUUUAUACUGGUGCCACACAUGAGGAAGGUCGUAUACGAGCUGGUGCGAGGAUUUAAAGAGAUCCUUCUGGUAUCGGUCCUACUGAUCGUGCUGAUAUUUGUGUUUGCCACAUUUGGUGUCCACCUGCUGGGAGGAAAGCUUGCCAGGUGUAACGACCACAAAAUAACCAUACGGGAGCAAUGUGUAGGGACUUUCUGGUCGCCGAUGUUUGUUACCAAGAUGAAGGUCAACCCAGGACCCAAUGGAACCAUGCCUGGCUUCAUGGUGCCCAGAGUUUGGGGGAAUCCCCACAAUUUCAACUUUGACAAUAUUGGUAACGCGAUGCUGGCACUGUUUGAGGUCCUAUCUCUGGAGGGCUGGCUAGAAGUGAGGGAUGUCAUCAUAGAUCGGGUCAGACCCACUGACAGUGUGUACGUACACUUGUUUGUGUUCAUUGGCUACAUGAUAGGACUGACACUGUUUGUUGGCGUGGUGAUCGCAAACUACAGCGAGAACAAGGGCACAGCCCUGCUGACAGUGGACCAGCGUCGCUGGAUGGACUUGAAGGGUCGUAUCAAGCUGGCCCAGCCCCACCACAUCCCCCCUCGCCCCGACACCAGGGGCCUGCGCUCAUUCAUGUACGACAUCACCCAGCACAUGUACUUCAAGAAGUUCACUGUACUGCUCAUCAUAGGGAACUGCAUGUUGCUGUCUGUACCGUGGCGUGAGGACAAAAAAGCUACUGUCUACUUGGCCACCGUGUCCUCCAUCUUCACAGUCCUCUUCCUUCUGGAGGUGAUCAUGAAGAUGAUAGCGCUGACCCCUGCCGGGUACUGGACCAGUCGGAGGAACAGAUUUGACAUGUUUGCUACGCUGGUUGGGGUCAUCUGGAUGAUUGUGCACUUUGCUGUGCAGUUCUCCUACCAUUCCCUGGAUGUGGAGAGGGCAAGCUACGUGUUUGGAUCCCUCGUUAUCAUCCUGCGUUUCUUCACAAUCCUUGGCAAACAUGCCACACUGAAGAUGUUGUCCCAGACUGUCAUGAUGUCCGUGUUCAAGAGUUUCUUUAUCAUCAUGGGGAUGUUCUUCCUAAUGCUCUUCUACGCCUACACUGGGGUCCUGCUCUUUGGCAACGUUAAAUACGGAUAUGACCUUGGCAGGCAUGCCAACUUCAAGACUACGGCCCACGCAGUAACAACCUUGUUCCGAAUUGUGACAGGAGAAGACUGGAACAAGAUCAUGCAUGACUGCAUGGUUUGGAAACCGUUCUGCACGUACAAGGAGGGUAACAGCUUCUGGGAGACCAACUGUGGCAACACGACCGCCUCCAGGAUAUUCUUUUUCUCCUUCUAUGUGAUCAUCACCUAUAUAGUCCUAAACCUGCUUGUGGCCAUCAUUAUGGAGAACUUCUCCCUGUUUUACUCCAAUGAAGAAGAUGCACUGCUCAGCCACAAUGAUGUCAGACAAUUUCAGAACACAUGGAACAUUGUAGAUAUUAACAGAAAGGGCCUGAUCCCAGUCCAUCGGGUGAGGUAUGUCCUGAGGCUGCUGAGAGGUCGUCUAGAGGUCGACCUGGAGAAGGAAAAGCUGCUCUUCAAGCACAUGUGCUAUGAGUUGGAGAGACUGCAUAACGGGGGAGAUGUAACCUUCCAUGAUGUUCUUAGCAUGUUGUCCUACCGGUCAGUGGACAUUCGCAAGUCUCUGCAGCUGGAGGAGUUGCUGGCCAGGGAGGAUCUGGAGUUCUCUAUAGAGGAGGAGGUCGCCAAACAGACCAUCAGGAACUGGCUUGACAAGUGUCUAAAACGUAUUAGAGCGAAGAACCACUCAAACCUGAUCCUCAACUUGAGAGCCAUGAAUGAGCCGUUGUUCACAGUGACAGAGCAAGCAGCCAGCACGGCAGAAAGCAGUGAGGGCAGUGUGAGAGAGGAACCGGCUGCCAUGCCCCGCAGCCGCAAGAAGGGAACCGUGGAGCUGAACCCCCCCAAUAUCCACAUUGAGCCCCCACCACCCACAUCAAAGUCUCCCAACCUGCGCCGGUACCUGACACCUCAGAUCAGUGACGCCUCUUUGAGAGAGAAGGACCGCAUGGGUGUGAAGAAGAAAUCAAACAGACUGAGUACAUCCACAUCUAAGACUCUAGGUGAAGGUCUCAGUGGAGGUCAGCAGGUCAGUGGUGACCAGGGCGUGUCGGGAGAGCUUGUGGGGCAUCACGUGUCAACAGACGUGAACUCGUGGUGGGGUGAACAGCUCUUUAUCCUCGAGAAAUGCGAGUGAGGCAGUGAAUAGAUAUUGGAACUGGAGUUAAACUGUGAAAGUAACAGUGAAUAUAUUCUGGGACUUGAGUUAUACUGUGAUUAUGGCAAUGAAUAGCUUUUUUUUAAUGGAAGUGUAAUUUACCUUUGAUGGUGAAUAGCUUUUAUCAUGGUCUCUGAAUGUGUUUGUUUGAGGGUAAAUCAUCUGGUACACAAAUUAAAUUAUAAUUUUUACAGCAGUAGACCUUGGGGAGCCAGGUUCAAAUGCGACCCACGAGAGAUUGGAUUGUGGUCAACAUACCAGUAGGGCGGGGUACUCACGGGUACUUUAGUUUCCAUACACAGCACAAUACCAUGCGUAGAUUUGAUAUCUUUCAUUAAAAACUUACUAGCUGGUUAUUGCAGCUAUAAUUCAAAGUGGGUUCCAAUUGACUUUAGCUUUGUAAGCUCAGUAGGAAAGAAAUUCUCGCACAUAUCACAUAAUGUAGGCUCAGAUUCGGGAGUAUGUCAUACAGUCAUACUUAUAAAUGCACACCCACAUUAGCGGCAGUGAAAAGCUUCUGGUACUGAAUUGAAAUACGUUUGUGGCAGUUUAUAACUUCUUGCAACCUAAAAAGUAGGUUUUGUUUUACUGAUGCCAAGUGGUGUUGGAAACUGUUAACAUCUUGUGUUAUUGCAGCAGUUAAAUGUGUGUGUGUUUUCGUUAAUUUCAAUACCUGUGGCGUGCCAUUCUAGUGUUAGUGAUCAGUAUUUAUCUUACUGCAGUAAAGUAUAUGCGGCAUGAUUUAUAUGAGUUAAAUAACUGUAAAGAAAUGUUUAGUAAAUAAUGUUGUUAGAUUAAAUUUGUUUAAACAUACUUGUUAGCAUUGAAUGCUGGGGUAACGUUCACAUUUUGCUUUGAAUAAUUUAUUGCAAUUACUUUGUGGUAGACAAAAUGUCCAUUCAGUACUAAUAACAUGUAUAUUGUCACUGAGAAUAUUAACAGAAUAAAUUUGAAAUAAGCAAAACCAAAUAAUAUGAAAAAACAAUGUCAAGUUCUUAUGUAAAACGUGUUUAUAGUACUAACACUGUGAUUUACACACACACAAAUGUUUAAAAAUAAUGCAAAAAUGUUAUAAUAUUGUAUAAUAUGUAUAUAAAGACCACAUUGUUGGGAUUUUGCCAAAUACAUGUAGCUUAGGAUCUGUUGUAUACAGUACUGUAAAAAAAGCAACCAAGUAAUACUUUUUAACUAAAUGAAAUAAGUGUUAAUACAUGUACAUGUAUUAUCAAUGCAAAAUUCCAGUGAUGCAUAAUAUUUCAGCAUGCAUAAUACACGUUAAUGUCAAUGUGAACUUUGAUGUAAGAUAUAAUGGAGCACCUGUUGCUGACAAUGUGUUUUGAAAUAUGUUUAACAGUUAUGUCAAAAGUGCAAAAUUAUAUUCAAUUGUUGUGAAAUACUUAAUAGUUAUGUUGAUUGAAUUAUUGUGCAAUAAAGAAAUAGGUGUUAA